UCCCUAUAUCCCACAAAAUCCAAGACAAAGCAGUUCACUCCUUCAUGCACAAGCCUAAUGUCCAUUUUGACCCUGUCAAAGAGCCCUUAAAAGCCCCUCUAAACUCUUCGGUCAACCCUAAAAUCCCCCUGCAAGGGACCCUUCCUGACCUACAUAUUCCUUACAAAUCCUCAGUUCCUCUCAUGCUCCAAGCCACUGCCGAUUUCACCACUACAAACAUGCACUCAAUGGGUUCAAAGCCCUCGGAUUCCUGAUUGGCUGAGGCCAAGACUAGGAACAAUCUAAACUCGUAUUUAAAAAUCGAAGAGCAAAGGAAUCAUUUCGACCUUGCAGCCAAGAAUGCACUGGCUUCUAAAAAGGAUCUGAAAAGUUAUUAUACUGAGUUUAAAGGAGAUCAGACGGAAUUAAGACGUAAGAAAUCAGACCUUGGAGACCCAUCUCAGUGUAAAAGGAUUAAGUUAAGGAAUGAAAAGCAGAAUUUUAAUUACUACAAAGACGGCGGCAUCGGCUCUUCCCAACCUCCCCAAAACACCCAUCUCUACACUACCAGUACCAAAUCCAGUCUUCUGAACCUAGACCCUACCAAAAUCCACUACUCAGCCGACUCCCUCCAAAAAGACCCUCUGCCCAUGGACUACUGGAAGACCAACUUUGACCUAAAGAUCAGAGACAGUAAAAAUUCCUUCCUGACCUAGCCCAAGCUGGCCAGCUUGGACUGAAGAGGGAGGAAAGAAGUGUGCUGUUUAGCCCAGGUGUGGUAACAAAACCUUUCUUCUAACCUCUUAUCUCCAACUCUCGAUCAAAUUUUUCAAAAAUCCUUAAACAGACAAACAGGCUUG